AUGGUGUCGUUGCUGACGGUGUCGCUGCUGCUGCUGCUAGUGUCGAUCGGCUUGGCGCCUCCCUGUCUGGGUUCGCCAACUUCGCUCGAGUCCUACUGUCGCCGGGAGCUCUGCCCGGGCGGCCAGGCGCACGUUGGCUGCGAGGCCGAGUACCCGUUCGGGAAGGCGUGCCAGGGCCGGAAGCCCCGGUUGGUGCCGAUGACGGAGGAGCGCAAGGGGGCGAUCCUGCACCAGCACAACCAGCAGCGCCAGCGGCUGGCGCUCGGCACGCUGCCCGGCUACCAGCCGGCGUACCGGAUGCCGCAGCUCUACUGGGACACGGAGCUGCAGUGGCUGGCCGAGCAGAACGCCCGGUCGUGCGUGUACGCGCACGACCACUGCCGCAACACGGCCACGUUCGCCCGGGCCGGCCAGAACAUCGCCAUCAUCCGGCACUUCGGGCUGAACGUGACUGUGGACCAGGUCAGUCGCUUCAUCAUCGACCACUGGUUCGACGAGUACCCGCUGGCGGUCCCUUUCGUGGACCGCUACCCGGACGCGUACGUCGGGCCCGACUUUGCCCACUUCACGCAGAUCGCCAACGACCGGGCGGUCCGGGUGGCGUGCGGCAUGGUCUCCUGGCAGACGUACUCCCCCGCCGGUGGCUACGUCUGGACGCACGAUUAUCUCGUCUGCAACUACUCCUACUCGAACGUGAUCGGUGAACACUCCUACACCCGCGGUCCGGCCGCGGCCGGCUGCCCGUACGGGCCCAGCGCCACCUACACCGGACUCUGCCGCUGA